GGACCACGAUCUCGAUUGUUAGUACCCCGCCAUGGAACGCACAAUUGGACUCCUCGGGGGCGGCCAGCUUGGUCAAAUGCUCUGCGAAGCUGCGAAUCCCCUCGGAAUCAAGAUCGUGAUCCUCGAUGCUGAGAAGUCCCCUGCAAAGCAAGUCAAUGCCAAGAACGACCAUAUCGAUGGCUCAUUCAUCGACGCUGAGAAGAUCAGAGAAUUAGCGCGACAGGUCGAUAUCCUCACAGUAGAAAUCGAGCACGUCGACACUGUUGUUCUAGAAGAGAUUGCAGAGAGGGGUGUCGAAAUUCUUGGAGCGGAUGGCAAGAAGACCGUCAAGAAGGUGGAAGUUCAGCCGAGCUGGAGGACGAUACGGACGAUCCAGGACAAGUUCUUGCAGAAAGAUCAUUUGGCGGAGAAUGGAGUUCGAACUGCGAUCUCGAAAGCUGUGCAGUCAACAGAGGAAGAUCUGCAAGCUUUUGGCAGAGAAAUGGGAUAUCCUUUCAUGCUGAAGGCGAGAAAGGAUGCAUACGAUGGGCGCGGCAACUAUCCUGUCAAGUCUGCAAGUGAUAUUAAGGAUGCGCUCAUGGCUCUUAAGGGUAGAGGUCUAUAUGCAGAGAAGUGGGCGAAUUUCAAAAUGGAGCUUGCAGUAAUGGUAGUCAAGACUGAAGAUGGAACUUCCACCAACGGGACGGCGACCGUAGCAUACCCAGCCGUGGAGACAAUCCACGAGGACAGCAUAUGCAAGCUAGUAUACGCGCCUGCUCGAGGAGUUUCACAGCGGAUCCAACGAGAGGCUCAAGAACUUGCAAAAAAAGCAGUGGGCAGUCUCUGGGGUAAGGGUGUCUUCGGUGUUGAGCUCUUUCUGAUGGAGGAUGGCGAGCUCAUUGUGAACGAAAUUGCCCCUCGCCCCCACAAUUCAGGACAUUAUACCAUCGAGGCAUGCCCGACAUUCUCGCAGUAUAAGUCACAGCUCCUGUCAAUUUUGGGACUCAUGCCAUCCUUCCCAGAUUCAAGGAUACCUGCUAUGUUUCCAGCAACAAUAAUGUUGAAUAUUCUCGGUGGCGCAUCCAAACCUGCUCAUAACGAGAUCAUGAAGCAUGCAAUUGGCAUACCAAGAGCGGCAUUGCAUAUGUAUGGCAAAGAAUCCAAACCAGCGAGAAAGAUUGGCCAUAUUACUAUAGUAGCAGAUUCAAUGGCCCAAGGCGAGUCGUUAGUGCAGCCACUUCUUUCAAUGACCGACGCCAUGAGAGCGGAAAGAAAAGGUCUUCCAACACCCAAGCCUUCCACCGCCAUCUCCAGCAAACCUUCGGCAUCGAGACAACCAUUGGUAGCCGUGACCAUGGGAUCAGAUUCCGACCUCCCCGUCCUCAAACCUGGUCUUGCGCUCUUGACCACUCUCGACAUUCCAUUCUUCGUCACAAUCACAUCUGCUCAUCGCACACCCAUGAAAAUGCAUGAAUUCGCUUCGACAGCAGCAUCGAAGGGGUUCAAAGUCAUCAUAGCAGCAGCUGGCGGGGCCGCACACUUACCUGGCAUGAUUGCCUCUGCUACACCUCUACCAGUUGUCGGAGUACCUGUAAAAGGUAGCACUCUCGACGGUAUGGACAGUCUUCUUAGCAUAGUACAGAUGCCAAGAGGUGUACCUGUCUCUUGUGUGGCAAUCAACAACAGCAUAAAUGCUGCUCUGACAGCUGCAAGAAUCUUGGGAACAAGCGAUCCCGUGAUUCAAGAGAGACUAGUGAAAUACGCGAAGGAUAUGGAGCACGAAGUUAUUGGCAAGGCGGAGAGGUUAGAGAAGGUAGGAUUCACAGAGUACUAAAGCGGGGUCUCCACAUGGAGUCGUUCUCUUGCAUCCGGCUGUACGCUUUUGAUAAUAGCAUUUCGUAAGUAAGAUAUACAUGCUUUGUUAGACCAACA